UAGUUUAUUUGGAAGGAAAGCCCAGGAAGCCCUGUGAGGGAGUGGAGAAGUGACAGGAAGAGGAGUGUGCGUUCAUGAGUGGGCUGUCACUGGGACAACUGGGGCACAAGGCCAUGGAAUCACUGAGAGACUGUGGAGAGGACCCCUCAGAUUUGUCCCUCUGAGGCCAGGAGGCUGGGGAGAUUACUGUCAACACCUGUCCCUAUAACCACACAUGAACUUCAUUUCUUUAGCAUGCAUUCUGCUUUCAUCCAAGCCAGCUUUGCUUAGCCUGAUAGAGCUACGACUCCCUUGCAUUCUUUUCCCAGAUUCUCCUACCUGUGCAUAUACUGCAUGUCCACUCGUUUAAAUUAUUAAGCCCUUAGGACAUUAGGUUCUCAUCAGCAUCAAACUCACUUAAGAAUAAAGCUCUGCUCUAUCCACCAUGACCAAGAUACAAUAACCAGACCUCAAACUAGAAUAAAGUUUCAGUCAAAGACAACACCGUUGCCUGAGUUAUCUUUUGGCUCUGGAUUCAUGAAAGCAUAACAGUCCCACGGACCAUAUCCCCUGGAAACUGGACCAAACAAUGCCAUGACUGACACCAGGACCUGAGGUCAUGAUCAGUGGCCCCAUGCCUUAGUCCCUCCAAUCAGCAGAGCUCACCAUCCCAGCUCCCACAGUAAACACGAUGAAUGAUUUUUCCCUUCUGCAAGCUAGCCACUAGAAGCCAUUGGGGAGCCGGGUUUCUGAAAACAUUAGCUCACCUGUGUCUCCGGGCUUGGAGCUAAUUCCUCAAAUAAACCUUUACUUUCUUUGCUGCAGUCUCUCCUGUUCGUGUUCUGUUUUUGGUUUAGAUGCAGCGCAGGCAAGUGGACCCUGUGUAUUUGUGGUAGCAUCCCUUAAUGCUUCGGAGUUGUUCCUUGGAUGACUUCAGGCCUACCCCACCUGUGGUCAGAAAAUGCCCCCAGGUGGAGAGGCUGUAGGUGAGGGCAGGAACCAAUUGCAGGAGACCCCAGGGAAAGCUGGGGGAUGUGGGUGGGCCCUAACAGCUUCUCAAUAGUUGCCCCCCUGCCCACCCCCCACAGUGAUUUUUUAAAACAGAAAUAAGAUCUUACUACGCUUACUGAUUGUUUGGCUCAACUCUUUCGGAAUCAUUUCACAUCAAUAGAUACAUUCUAUACCAAAAUUGUUAAUGGCUGAAUAAUAUUCCAUUGGGAAAUUGCGAAGUUACAGUCCAUCACACAUUUGUUCCUUCUAAUCCUGGUUGACAUAAACAAAGAUGUGAGGAACAAGAUGACUCUUCCUAAAACAUGGCUGUGCACAUGUCUCCCCCUUAUUUCUCUCCUGCUCAAAACCCACUAAGAGCUCUCCACUACCCACAUGAUGAAGACUAACUCCAUAACUUGGCCUCUGAGUCUGACCUGUAUCUGUCUGCUGGAAUUUCUCUCUACCUGGCUCCUUCAGCACGGCCAGUUUGACCCUGGAUCAUUACAGGGCCUGUGCAUUCCUACAUCUGCACCCUUGCUCAGGCUGUGUCCCCAACCUGGGCUGCCCUCUCCCUCCCACACUGCUUGGCCCCAUCCCAAAGGGAUUCCACCUCCCUCAGAACUCCACCCUUCAGUGAUGGGAGUCCGUUCUUCUUCACGAUCUCUUAUUGUAUGUCUCACCCAUGGGGGACUUCACACAGUCUUGUAUUUUUGCUCUCAUUUCAUGGGUGCAUUUUCAGUUCCCAACAAUGCUGGAACCAGCGAGGAUACACUAUUGUGUCUCAGUGUUUAGAAGGGUGCCUUGCACACACAGGCAUCUCCUCGGUCAAGGUAGCUGAUGGUGAGCACAGGGCUUGGUUUCAUCUUUCUCCCUGGAUGAGGGUGGAGAUGAAAAGUCACACCUCUGUGUCCUUCCCACUCACCAAAAGCCUGUGACUACAGUGCUAGAUCUCAGCUUGUUGACGGCUGUUGAAGCCAUAAGACCCACAAAGACAGCUAGUGUACUUCCCACAGCCCCCCCCGUCCCUGGAAACGGGGCCUAAGGAAGAGGUGGGAAUGGUCUUUCUGAUUUUAGACACCAGGUCUGCCAGGAACAAAAGUGUUGGGUGGGGGAAGGGCAACUCAGGGAGUGCUAAUCCCUGCUUCCUGUCCGGAUUUUCCUUGACUGCUGCCCCAGGCCUGUCUUAGGAUGUUCACAGCUCCCAAAAUAGAUCUCUGCCCUCACCUGUUCUUAAGCGAAGAAAACCUUGAUAACCUCCUGUCAAAGAAUGCAUGCUUUUGUAAUUUUCCCUGGAUGAGGGACAACAUGGGGCGCUGCUGCUGAACUCCCCAGGUUUCUCCACCUCUGACCUGCAGUGACUCAUCUUGGCCAGGGAUCAAGCAGCUACAAAGCAGGGAGUCAAAGGGCCAGCCACCUGCUUCUGGCCAGGGCCCAGCCUUUCCUGCGAAUUUGGUUGGUGUUGCCUUCCUUGAUCUGCUCCAGAAACUACCCUUGGCCCACAGGACGCCCCUCACUCAGAGUGACAGAGAGCAGGUCCUCUGCCACCCUCACUCACCUGCCCCUCGUCCCUGGCCUGUUCCUACAGAAUUCUCUAUUCCUGCUUAACUCAUUAUCCUAGUCCAUUGAGCUUUGGGACCUGAAAACCAAGCGUCUGAGUUAGGGCCGGUCUCCCCAGCCACUGCAAUCAUUCACUCAACAAGUGCAGACCCUCCCUGAGGCCCAGUAUCGUGGGAGCUACCGCGAGCAAUGAGAUGUGAUGCCCAGCCCGGGCGCAGGAGGAUUGGAGGUGGACAUCUGGGAGAGAAACUGGCCUCCGGGGGGUUAGGUCCUGGGGACCGCUUGUCCCCAAAGCUGGAGAGAGGAGAGCCGAAGGCGGCGACUUAAUGCGAACGUUCCGGGCACCUGCGCAUGCGUGGGAGACUUUGGCGUCUCCGGUGUCGCCAAGGUAACCCUGACCCAAGGAAGCGGCCAUGGACUCCGGGACUGGAGGGAACUGGGGUGAUACCCCACCGCAGAGGGCUGCCCCAGCACCCUGGGUGACCAUCCUGCAGCCCCUCCAGUGGGCCGUCCCAUCUGCACCUCAGCAGCCCGGCCGCGUGAAGGAAGGUGAGAGACUCCACGCUCCCUCCCCGUCUGCCCAAGCACAUUCUCUGGGCUUCAGAGCUGCACCCCCUACUCCUUCCGCGCCCUGGGGCUCAGUGUCCGGGGGAAAGGCCCUAGGGUCGGGACAGAGGGCAUGGGGAGGCCUGGAAUGGCCUGCUGAACCCCUGCCCCCCAGACCUGCUGGAGCUGAUGAUGCUACAGGAUGCGCAGAUGCACCAGCUGCUGAUGAGUCGCCUGGUGACCGCGGCGCUCAAUCCCAGACUGGCCUCCCCACUCCCACAGGAGAGCUGUGCCACCACCCCCACCACCCAGUGCCACAGGGACUGUGGGUGCAGAGGUACCCCCAGCUUCAGACUACUAUGAUGCUGAGAGCCUACUAUGAAGAUAGAUGUUGGCCCAGGGAGCCACACCAACUUCACCACAAGGCUGGAAACAGCCCUGGAGCCCCCAAGUACCCCUGUAGUGCCUGCAGCCAUGCCUGGCAGCCCUUCUCCCGCCUCCACACCAACCAGGCCCUCUCCUCCUAGUGAAUCAGUCCCAUCUCCACCCCACCAAGACCUUGAACAGACCUGAC